AUGCUGCCUACCAUGGACAUCUUUUUCAAUUGUGCUGAUGAAAAGGCCCCACGAUUCAUGGGUAGACCGGCGGCAGUGGCGACACUACUGCUGUUGGCGGCCGCGCUGGUGGUUCCCGCCCAGGCGCAGCUACUGGCGAGCUCGGAGGCGAAGCCGAAGCCGCGGGCGGGGGCGGCGGUGGAGGAGCCCCCGGCGGAGGCGGAGCCCGUUUGCCCGGAGAUCUGCGAGUGCGGUCAGGACAAACUCGACUGCUCGGCCGGAGGGGUCGCCGUCGAACGGUUGGACCUGUCGGGGCUGCGUCUUGGCGCAGCUCUGGCGGACGCGGGGGACCCAAAGGAGGAUACUUCCGAUGAAAGUGAGCUCAGUCAUUAUUCUGCCAGUACUUCUCCAAAGGCACGCGAGGCGGGCCCCUUCCGCGGGCUGAGCGGGCUGCGGCGCCUGGCGCUGCGCCGCUGCGGGCUGACGGAGGUGCGCGCGCGGGCGCUGGCGCCGCUGGCGGCGCUGCGCGAGCUCGACCUGCGCGACAACGCGCUGCGCGCCGUCCCCGCGCGGGCGCUGGAGCGCUGCGCGCGCCUGGAGAAGCUCUACCUGAGCGGCAACGCGCUGGCCGGGCCGCCGUCGGCGCUGCGACAGCCCGCGCUGCGCUGGCUCGAGAUGGACGGCUGCGCGCUGGAGCAGCUGGACGAGGACGCGCUGCGCGGCGCGCCCGCGCUGCUCUACCUCACGCUGCGCGACAACCGGCUGCGCGAGCUGCCGGCGGCCGCGCUCGCGUCGCUGCUCAAGCUGUCGCACCUGCACCUGGAGCGCAACGCCAUCGCACGCGUCGAGCCCCAGGCCUUCCAGAACCACUCGCUCCUGCAGACGCUCUACCUGCGCGGGAAUCGCAUUCAGCUCCCCGAAAACUCUCCGUUCCUUGAGUCGAGUACGAUACUCAUUUUGGACCUUAGCGCCUGCGGGAUCGUCAAUGUAUCUAUAGAAUCGUUUUCCAAACUUUUCGAGUUGCGUUCGCUCCUUUUGGCAGAGAACGAAAUCGAAUCACUUCCCAUCGGUGUCUUCGAGAAGACGCGCCAUUUGAAACUUCUCGAUUUGAGAGACAACAAAAUGUCAGUCCUGGAUCUUCGCGUUUUUGCAGUGCUUCGUUUCAAGAGCAAGGCGUUGCUGGACGUGUCUGGCAACCCGCUGGGCUGCGAGUGCAACCUGCUCAAGUGCAAGGUGCUGCCGCGGCGCUGCUUCAUGAUGCCUGCGGGGGUGCAGUGGCAAGUGGACGGCGCCUGCACGCAGGAGGAGGUGCUGGCGUGCGUUGGCGACGAGCGCUCCGGCGGCAUGGUGCAGCACGAGGACGAGGACGCGGACGCGGACGAGGACGUGGACGAGGGCGAGGACGACUUUUUCGGCCGCUUCGAGGACGACCCUCCGCCCGACAUUAAUGCCGUCCUCGUGCCUAAGGACACCUCCGGCGAGGACGACCCCGUGCUGCGCCCCAUGCACCUGGCGUUCGGCGUGAGCGGCGCCGUCCUCUUCGUCAUCGUCAUCUUCGUGACGGUGUGGCUGGCGAAGCGCUGCCGGCGCCACGAGGCCGACGACGACGACGACGACGGGGGCGAGACGGCGGCGCUGUCUUGGAGCGUGUACGACCCCGAUGAAGGGAUGCGACGAAGCGACCUCUACGGCCAGGCGCCGCCCGCGCCGCCUCGCGACGAAUUCCGCAACAGCCUGUUCAAACCCAUCUCCCCCGCCAAGCCCGACCACAUGAACCGGCGCAGCGACCUGUCUAUGCCGGCCUCACCGGCGCUGCCUGGCGACGGCGAUCGUCGCAAUGAAGUCUUCAAGCCAGUCCCGCUCUCGCCGCCUGACAUGUACGGCCGCGGCGAACUCUCCAAGCCCGCUUCACCCACGAUGCCUGACGGCGUGUACCGUCCCAGUAACGCUUCACCCACGAUGCCUGACGGCGUGUACCGUCCCAGUAAUGCUUCACCCAAGCCCGGUUCACCCACGAUACCUGACGACGUGUACCGUCGCAACGACCUCUCUCUUCCGGCUUCACCUGCGCUGCCUGACGACGUGCGUCAUCACAACUACGCCUUCACGACGGCUUCACCCGCGCUACCAGAGGGCGCGCAUCGUCACAGCGACUUUCUCUUUCCGGCUUUUCCGUCGCCACCACAUGAUGUUCUCCACCACAGUGACCUCCCUCUGCCCGCCUUCCCCGUGCCACGGGAGUCGGCCAGUUACGGGGACGUGUUCGCGGACGUGCCCGACGAAAGCGGACGAUGA